UUUAAUCUGACGUAUCCUAAGCCGAUAACUUAACCUCAAAAUUUGCAGAGUAUAUGCACGCAGGCGCAGAUGCCGUUUUUUGAUUGAUAUAUAAGGCUGUGGCAGUACAAAGGAAACAUCUCAAGUAGUUUUUCUGGAGUCGCAGUGACAGUGGUAUUUGAAAUAUGGCAGAGGUCAUUGAUUGUAAUUUUCCUGUAUGGGGCCUUUUACCUAAAAAAGAAACUGGUGUCACUCAAUUUCUUACCAAAUAUCCUGAAUAUGACGGCCGGGGAGUUAUUAUUGCAAUUUUCGAUUCAGGGAUUGAUCCUGGGGCUCCUGGUAUGCAGCUGACUUCGGAUGGAAAACCAAAAAUUAUUGAAAGGUAUGACUGUAGUGGAGCUGGAGAUGUGGAUACAAGCAAAGUUGUGCAAGCACCUGAUGGGUAUAUAAGUGGUAUCAGCGGUAGAAAAUUAAAGGUUCCUUCAAGUUGGGUAAAUCCCACUGGAGAAUAUCACAUUGGUGUAAAAAAUCUGUAUUCAUUAUAUCCAGGCAAAUUAAGAGAAAGGGUAUUACAAGAACGAAAAAAACGUUUAUGGGACAAUCACCAUAAAUCUGCACUUGCAGAAGCAUCUAGACAACUACAAGAAUUUGAAGCAAAGAAUCCACAAUUAACAUCUUUAAAAGAUAGAUUACAAAAGGAGGAACUUGAGGCAAGAGUUGAUAUAUUAAAUAAUAUUGAAAAAAAAUAUUCUGAUGUAGGACCUACUUAUGACUGUGUUGUCUUUCAUGAUGGUGAAGUUUGGAGAGCAUGCAUUGACACCUCUGAAGAAGGUAACCUGGAAGCUGGGGUACUUCUAGGAGAAUAUUCUGUAACAAGGGAAUUUGCACCUCUUAUACAGGAAGAUCAACUAAAUAUUAGUAUCAAUGUUCAUGAUGAAGGAAAUACCUUAGAAAUUGUUAGUUUAUGUUCAAGUCAUGGUACGCAUGUAGCUUCGAUAGCCGCCGCAUACUUUCCCGAUAAUCCUGAAUUAAACGGUGUAGCUCCUGGUGCUCAAAUUAUUUCAUUAGGCGUUGGAGAUAGCCGCAUUGGUACAAUGGAAACGGGAACCGCGGUUGUGCGAGCAAUGAUACACGUAAUGAAACACAAAGAAAAGAUACACGUGAUAAAUAUGAGUUAUGGAGAACAUGCUCAUUGGUCAAACUCAGGAAGAAUAGGAGAAUUGAUGAAUGAAGUUAUUGACAAGUAUGGUGUAACAUGGGUAGCAUCUGCUGGUAAUCUCGGACCGGCUUUGUGCACUAUUGGGACACCUCCAGAUAUUAGUUCCAACAGUGUCAUUAGCGUUGGUGCCUAUGUUUCUCCUGAUAUGAUGGUAGCUGAAUAUUCUUUACGAGAAAAAAUGCCGGGUAUGUCAUACACUUGGUCAUCCCGUGGUCCAAUGAUUGAUGGAGGAGCUGGAAUUACUGUAUGUGCGCCUGGUGGCGCGAUCACUAGUGUUCCCAAUUUUACAUUAAGAAAAAGUCAGCUUAUGAAUGGUACAAGUAUGGCUGCACCACAUGUAACUGGAGCUAUUGCUGUGCUUAUAUCGGGACUUCUUGCGAAGGGUUGCCCUUUUUCUCCAUAUAACAUAAAAAGAGCUCUUGAGAACACAGCUUUGCAUAUACAAAAUUUAGAUCCUUUUGCACAAGGCUCAGGAUUACUACAAGUUGAACGUGCAUUUGAUAAUCUUGUUACUUAUAGUGAUGUACCUGAAAGAGAUGUAAGAUUUACUAUCAAUUGUGGUCCAAAUAAUGCUAAAGGAAUUCAUAUGAGAAGCGGUAUAAUUGAUCGGCCUAAAGAUUAUGCUGUUACUGUUGAACCUGUGUUCCUCAAUAGCGAAAAUACCGACCCGGCUGUCAAAAUUGCCUUCAAUUUGAAACUGACUUUGGUAUGUGAUGCAUCUUGGGUGCAUUUUCCAACGCAUCUUGAUUUAAUGAAUAUGGUACGCGCAUUUGCUAUUAAAGUAGAUGGUUUUAAUUUACCAGAGGGUGUUCAUACGACCACUGUCAGAGCUUAUGAUGUAACAAACAUCGCGAAAGGACCAGUGUUUCAUAUACCAGUUACUGUAGUACAGCCGCAAACACUGCCAAAAACUGCUGUCCUUCCAGAUUUAUCACAUACAAGUGUUUUAUUUAAACCUAAUACAUUGCAUCGACAUUUUAUUCUCGUUCCCGAAGAUGCAACAUGGGCAGUUGUUAGAUUGAAAAGCACAGAGAAAGAUAAAACCGGAAGAUUCGUAAUUCAUAGUGUUCAAUUGAAGCCUCGUUUGUCUUGUAAAACUCUAGAAGUGAACAAGUUGUUUACUGUAACUUCUCAGUCCGAAAUUAUUCAUCCGUUUGCUGUUCAGGGCGGAUUGAUUUUGGAAGUGGUUGUUGCAAAAUAUUGGGCAAAUAUAGGUGAUAUGUUAGUUGAUUAUUGCAUAGAAUUCCACGGUAUUCACAUGAUAGAUGGAAGUCUUACAAUGCAAGCUGGGGAUGGAAUAAAUCGUUUAGAAGUACGAAGUUCUCUUAGAAAUGAAGAAGUAGUUCCCUGUAUAUGUCUUAAAUCAUCUGUGCAAAUUUUAAAACCCACUGAUGCAAAGAUCGCUCCAUUACGGGAACGAGACAUUAUUCCACAUUCGCGACAAAUUUAUGAACUACAAUUAACGUACACGUUCCACUGUGCAAAAUCAACUGAAGUAACUCCAAAUGCAGCGUUACUUAGUGAUUUAUUAUACGAAAAUGAAUAUGAAAGUCAAAUGUGGAUGAUUUAUGACAGUAACAAACAGCUUAUUUGCUGUGGUGAUGCAUAUCCAUGCAAGUACGCGAAUCAGAAAUUAGAAAAAGGCGAUUACACUUUGAAAAUACAUAUACGGCAUGAAAAGAAGGAUUUACUUGACAAAUUAACGGAAAUGCCAUUUUUGUUAAGUCACAAGUUAAGUAAUCCAAUUACUCUAGACGUUUACGCCAGUCAAUCACAAGCCAUGAUUGGCGGCAAGAAAAUGAUAGCAGCUUCAGUUCCACCUGGUCAUAUCCUUCCACUAUAUAUUGCUCCUAUGUCGAAUGAAAACAAAGCUUGCAGAAAUACCACCUUGGGAAAUGGUAGUUAUCUACAAGGUACAUUGACCUUCUGCAAGGACGAAAAUGGAAAGAAAGUGGAUUGUCACACAUUUAAAUAUAUAUUAUCUGAACCAAAUAAAAAGUUCAGUAGUAGUAAUAGCAACAACAGUAGCAGUGGUUCAAGCAAAACAACAAAGUGGGAUGAAUACAAUGAAGCCCUUAGAGAUUUUAAGUGCAACUGGCUUUCAAAAAUGGAACCUGGAGAAUACGCCAAUUUAUUGUACGGAGAAUUGAAGACUCUCUUCUCGGACCAUUUGCCUGUUCACACUGCCAUGCUCAUGUCUUUGGAUUCUCCGGAAGCUCGACGUCAUGUGCCACACGAUGAUAUCUCAGAAGAAUCUGUUUCUCUGGCAAAUCAAAUCAUAAGCGUUGCUGACUUCAUGCUUACUAAUAUAGAUCAGGACAAACUUUUAGCUUAUUAUGGACUGAAGAGUGAUCAACGCGACGAUGCAGCGAAAAUUCGAACGAAUAUGGAGAGACAGAAGUUCAGCUUGAUAAAAGCAUUAGUAAAGAAAGGAUGUGCAUUGGCACGAUUGUACAUACACAAUGCUAAGAAAGAGAGUGGAGGAGAGCUCGAUGCUUAUGCACAUUUAUUAGAAAGCGUAACACAUCAUUGGCAAGAAGUACAGAAGUUUGCUGAAUCAACUGAUAUUAAGGUCAUUGCCCUGUCGUUAUGGCAUGCUCAUAUUAAUAACCAUUACGGUCGGUACUUGAAAUUAUUAUUGCGUUAUUAUGAAGAACAUCCAGUAAAGGAAGUUGACGAAAAGUGCAUAGAAAUUGCAAGGAUUUUAGGAUGGGAACAUUUGUCACGUCACAUUACCACUAUUAGCAAAGCAUGUACCCUUAUUUGUCUUCUGGUUGCUCAAUUUAUAUCUAAAACAGAAUUAUUAAUAUUUCAUGUAGAAGGAUGCUCUAAAAUUAUUGAUAUUAUAGCUCAAGCUAUGAUAGAGGGUAAUGCCAUCCAUACAUGGAGUAUUAAAGAAGGAUUAAUUUCCCAUCCAUAUCUUAGUACAGAAGAAGCACUGAGACUUGGAGGCAGAGACUUAAGUUUAUUAACAGAAUGGGUAACUUUCUUUGACUCCCAUAGUCAUAAUACAAUUACAAAUUCAAGACGCGGUUUAGUCAUUGCACAGGUGGAAUCUGCAUCUCCAGAUAAAGAUAUUUAUCGUACAUUUUCCACAUUAGAAGCUUUUGAGGAUUUUACUCCCAUGAAAGCUUCUCAAUUGAAAAUGAGAAUAGAGGAAAUGCUACGCAUUAAAGUUUCUGUAAAUAAUGAGCUUAGGGAUUUGAGUGCAAAAAGACAAAGGCUUCAAAUUGAAGUUAGUAGUUUAACUCAGAAAAUUGAUGAACUUAAACAAGAAUUAUUACAUCAGCAAACAGAUCUUGAUCGAUUGAAAAUUAGUGUUGAGCAGGCACAAGUAGCUCAAAGAGAAGCAGUUGAAAGAAAUACUCCAGAAUUGGCACCACCUAAGCGUAUAUUAAUGAAUUCUGUUCCUGUAGUAUUACCAACUACUAUACCACAUUCAUGUAGAAUGUAUAAUUGUUUUGAUCACAGCCGUUGCGCAUUAACAAGCGGUUUUCCGGUAUAUUUAUAUGAUCCAGAUCAGUAUUCAGUAGUAAAUCCUAGCUGGGAUGUGGAUGGAUUUUUGAAAACUACUAUUAAACAAACUUUAGGAUACAAUCCACAUCUGACUGCUAAUGCUGCUGAAGCUUGUAUAUACAUAGUACUAAUAGGAGAAGCUCUUUCCACCCAACCUAAAGUUGAUAGAAAAUACAGGAAAGCUAUAGAUGUAAAGAAAUUACAUGCACUUCCUUAUUGGGGUGGAGAUGGCAGAAAUCAUAUUUUAUUAAAUUUAGCACGUAGAGAUCUAUCUGUUGAAUCUGGAAAUAUUUUCAAUGAAGUUGAUACUGGAAGAGCCAUAAUAGUACAAUCAACAUUUUACAGAAAUCAAUUCCGUGAAGGUUUUGAUAUGGUUGUUCCUCCAAUUUUGGGACCUCCUGGCGGAGAUGUGUGGCAAGAAUGUGCACAAAUGUUACCUGCAAGAAGAAAAUAUCUGUUAUCUUUUCAAGGAGAGAUGAGAUCUCCAAGAGUUACUACUAUGACGCAUCAAACUGAUGAUGCAGAUAUAGAUCUAGAAAGAUUAGCAGUUGAUGAAAAUAAUUUAGAUACUUUUAUCAUUCAACAUCUUAAAGAUAUGAGUACUGGAUUAACUUUGGAUAAAUUUUUUAUUCAGUUCGAAUGUAUUCCGGCCUCGGAGGAAAAGAAUGUAGUGGAAAUUCUUGAUUGGUCUCUCUGCGGAACCGAUUCUUCAAGAAAAGCUAUAUUAAAGGAAUCAACAUUUGCUUUAAUUUUGGCACCUAGUAAUGCUUCAUUUGUAACCACUUCGUCUAUGCAAGCUCGGUUAUACGAAGCUUUGCGAUCAGGAUCCAUUCCAGUUUUUUUAGGCGGCGAUCAGAUUCUGUUGAGUUAUGAUGAAGUUAUCAGUUGGCGUAGGGCAGCAAUCUUUUUACCGAAGGCCAGAGUAACUGAAAUGCACUUUUUACUACGUGCCGUUCCUGAUACCGAUCUGUUGAGUAUGCGAAGACAGGGCAGAUUAAUAUGGGAACGUUAUUUAAGCACUGCACAGGGUGCAGUAGAUACUAUUGUAGCUGUAAUUAGAGAUCGACUUGGUAUACCGCCCUUACCGGCACCUCAAACUGCCAGUCCAAGUAUUUUUAAUGAAAGCUUUGUGCCUUUAAAAUCUGAUACCAUUAUUGCCGAGCCAGAAGCUGAAGAGAGUUUGGGUCCUUUAGAACCACCUUAUCCGUCUCCUGCUUUCAAAAGAAAUUACACCACAAUGUUGCUUCAGGGACACGAAAUUUGGAACGAUUGGUUGGAUCCAUUUUAUUUGUAUCCACAAUUACCUUUUGAUACCGUUCUCCCUAGUGACGCAAAAUUUCUUGGAUCUGAGGUUGGAUUUAGACCAAUCGGGAAAGGUGCUGGAGGCGCGGGCAAAGAGUUUAGCGAAGCUUUGGGUGGGAAUUAUCCAAGAGAACAGUUUACGAUUGUAAUGUUAACGUACGAACGAGAACAGGUUCUUAUAAACUCUUUGGCCCGACUUUAUGGAUUACCAUAUUUAAAUAAAGUUCUAGUAGUAUGGAACAGCCCAAAGCCACCCAUGGAAGAUUUGAAGUGGCCAGAUAUUGGAGUUCCAAUUCAUGUAAUCAAAGCUCCAAGGAACAGUUUAAACAAUAGGUUUUUACCAUUUGAUGCUAUCGAAACGGAAGCUGUUCUUUCAGUUGACGAUGAUGCUCAUUUAAGACACGACGAAAUUAUGUUUGGAUUUAGAGUAUGGAGGGAACAUCGAGAUCGUGUAGUCGGAUUUCCGGGUCGGUUUCACGCAUGGGACCAGAAUUAUCACAAUGCUUGGAAUUAUAAUUCUAAUUAUUCGUGCGAGUUAUCAAUGGUUUUAACUGGCGCUGCGUUCAUUCAUAAACAUUACACAUAUCUUUAUACACAUUGGCUACCGCAAGCGAUACGAGACAAGGUUGACGAAUACAUGAAUUGCGAAGAUAUAGCUAUGAAUUUCUUGAUAUCUCAUUUAACAAGAAAACCACCUGUUAAGGUUACAUCACGUUGGACAUUUCGGUGUCCCGGCUGUCCAAUUUCUCUUUCAGAAGACGAUACCCAUUUUCAAGAAAGGCACAAAUGUAUUAAUUUCUUUGCUCAGGUUUUUGGAUACAUGCCACUUUUAAAUACACAGUAUCGGGCUGACUCGAUAUUGUUUAAAACAAGAAUCCCACACGAUAAGCAGAAGUGUUUUAAAUUUAUAUAAAAAGAACAAAAUAGUAGGUAUACAUACACCCAGUAAACAUCACUUGAUAGAAUUUACACGGUUUUGAUAAGAUUUUGACUGAAUCGAUAAACGUUUCCUAUAAGGUGAUAUCAUUACGUGAAAUAAAUGUUAUAGAAUUUUUUUAUUGUCCUCUCUCUUUUUAUUGUACUUUCUUUUUCUAUCGAUGUACAUGUUGCUUGAAUGAAAUGCACAUUUAAAAAGAAAUUUAUUAAUAAAAAAAUGUUGAUGACUGUAUACAUAUAUAUCAUAACGAAUAUAGGACACAAUGCAAACACCUUUUUAUGUCAAUGUACGCAUAACUUACAUCAUAUCGAUUUUACCAAUUUAUAGUGAAAGCAUAAUAAAUUUAUUUACAUAAUGGUUGUUACGGACGUAUAUGAUUUUUGUAAAACGACAGAAUGGCUAAACUAUUAAAUAUGUAUACGAUACGCAUAUGUACAUAUUAAGAGUCUCGAAAAAGGGGAUGAAAAUGUAUCGACUUCGAAUUAUUUAUGAAUUUGACCAAUACGAUCAUGGCUUUCCAAUGAUUAUUGUUGCACACGAUUUGCACAAUAAUCUCAGGUUGUAAAUAUACUGUUUCCCGUGAUAAUGUAAAUAUAAUAAUUAAGCGUAAUUAAUUAGAUUUUAAUACGUGUUAGGGCAGAGCUGGUGAACGGGUACAGCGUAUGCAACUCAAAAUUAAAAAACGAUGAUUUUUUUAAAUAUUGGAAAGUCGUUAAUGAUUAUUUAUAACAACGUGGAGUUAUUUCUCUGAAUGCUGCUUACUACUUAUUUUUAUCGAAUUUUUUAUUUUGUUAGGUCUAAAUUUUAUUCUAAUUAUACAUCGAUUUAAUUAUUGUGUGUUACGCCAUUAUAAUGUGCCAAAUCUCUAGCGAUUAUGUACACUCUUUAAUUUAAUGUAAUUUAUGCUUCUUCGGAUAUUAAUUUUCCAUUGCAUAAUACUCUUGAAAUGUUGUUUGUAAAUAUAUGUGUCGCACAUC